AUGCCCCGCGGCCCGUGCAGCCUCGUCAGGGUCUCCGCAACGCCCGUCGCGGCCCUGGCUGUGGCGUUAGUCUCGUCGCUCUCUCGCUGCUCCCUCCUGGAGCCGGAGGACAGUGUGGUCUCCGCGCUCAGCCCCUACUUCGGCACCAAGACUCGCUACGAGGAUGCCAACCCCGGGCUACUGCCGGACCCUGAAGCGCCGCGGCGGGACCCGGAGUUGUUAGAGGAGACCUGCACCCCAGUGCAACUGGUCGCCCUCAUCCGCCAUGGCACCCGCUACCCGACGACCAAACAGAUUCGCAGGUUGCGGCAGCUGCACGGGCUGCUGCAGGCCCGCGGGGCCAAAGAUGACCGGACCCGCGCUGCCGGCCGCGGAGACCUGGGCGCCGCGCUGGCCGACUGGCCGCUGUGGUACGCGGACUGGAUGGACGGGCAGCUGGUGGAGAAGGGGCGGCAGGACAUGCGACAGCUGGCCCUGCGCCUAGCCUCCCUUUUCCCAGCCCUCUUCAGCCAGGAGAACUACGGCCGCCUGCAGCUAGUCACCAGCUCCAAGCACCGCUGCGUGGACAGCGGCGCCGCCUUCCUGCAGGGGCUCUGGCAGCACUACCACCCGGGGUUACCGCCACCCGACGUCGCAGAUAUGGAGUGUGGACCUCCAAGAAUUAAUGAUAAAUUAAUGAGGUUCUUUGAUCAUUGUGAGAAGUUUUUAACUCAAGUGGAAAGGAAUGCUACUGCUCUUUAUCAUGUAGAAGCCUUCAAAACUGGACCAGAAAUGCAGAACAUUUUACAAAAAGUUGCGGAUAUUUUGCAAGUGCCAGUCAACAACUUAAAUGCAGACUUAAUUCAAGUAGCUUUUUUCACCUGUUCCUUUGACCUGGCAAUUAAAGGUGUUAAAUCUCCUUGGUGUGAUGUUUUUGACAUAGAUGAUGCAAAGGUUUUAGAAUAUUUAAAUGAUCUGAAGCAAUAUUGGAAAAGAGGAUAUGGGUAUACUAUUAACAGUCGAUCCAGCUGCACCCUGUUCCAGGAUAUCUUUCACCACUUGGACAAAGCAGUUAAGCAGAAACAACGUUCUCAGCCAAUUUCCUCUCCAGUCAUCCUCCAGUUUGGCCAUGCAGAGACCCUUCUUCCACUGCUUUCUCUCAUGGGCUACUUCAAAGACAAGGAACCCUUAACAGCUUACAAUUACAAAGAGCAGAUGCAUCGGAAGUUCCGAAGUGGUCACAUUGUACCCUAUGCUUCAAACCUGAUAUUUGUGCUUUACCAUUGUAAAAAUGCUAAGACUCCUAAAGAAGAAUUCCGAGUGCAGAUGUUACUGAAUGAAAAAGUGUUACCAUUGGCUCACUCACAAGAAACUGUUUCUUUGUAUGAAGAUCUGAAGAACCACUAUAAGGACAUCCUUCAGAGUUGUCAUACCAGUGAAGAAUGUAAACUACCAAAGGUGAACACAUCUGAUGAGCUCUGA